GAUGAGUAAUUAAUUAGACGUGUUUGAAAAUGACAUAAAAGCAAGUCGGAUCAAAUACACGCCUCAAAACGCGUGAUAAAAUAUCUUUGUUCAUAAAUACACACAUCUCUCUGUCUUUUAUAAUUCCAUACAUUUUCUCUUGCAUUUGACGUUUCUCCGUUCAAAGUAUUACAAAUUUGCUUUUCCUAUAAACAAGGAUGGGAGGAGGCGAUGGACACAAUGAUCAAGAUAAGGGGUUGUUUUCAAAUCUUGCUGGUGGUCUCGCUGGCGGUGGUCAUUAUCCUCCAGGACAGUACCCACCAGCGGCUGGAGGUUAUCCUCCCCAGGGAUACCCGCCAGCUGGAGGAGGUUAUCCUCCCCAGGGAUACCCACCAGCUGGAGGAGGUUAUCCUCCACAAGGCUACCCACCAGCUGGAGGAGGGUAUCCUCCUCAAGGCUAUCCCCCUGCUGGACACCACUCAGGUUCAUCUGCUCCACACCACUCAGGGCAUGGUGGAGUAGCUGGGAUGGUUGCUGGAGGUGCAGCCGCUGCUGCAGCUGCUUAUGGUGUUCAUCACAUGACUCAAGGCCAUGGUAGUCAUGGCGGGCAUGGUGGCUAUGCACAUGGUGCCAUGGGUAUGAUGCCGGGCAUGGGAGCCAUGGCCAUGGCAAGUUCAAGCACGGUAAGCACGGUCAUGGAAAGUUUAAGCAGGGAAAGCACGGGAAGGGCAAGAAGCACGGAUACAAGAAGUGGAAGUAAUCUUUCUUUUAGUAUCUCGAGUCGCACCUUUUGGGCGACAAAAUAAUUUGGAAGUAUAAUAUGCGCCUUAUGACCGCCCUGGCAUGUUGCCAGUUUUCUUUUACCCGCCACAAUACUGCUGGCUGCUCAUUCACAGUACUUCAUUGCUCACUGUUUAAAAGUAUCUACUAAUAUAUAGCGUCUUGUGACUUAUAAUGUUUUCA